CCGUGAAGCAAUGUUUUGACGUUAAGGAUGGAUCGCUUGUGAUCUGAAGAUGGUGGUGUGCUGGAGGAUGUUGCGAGGAAUUAGGUAUCGGUUCUUGCUUGUGGUGGCGAGGAGGCAAUUGUAUGCUGUGGAAUCUCCCAAACGCUACUUGACUUUCAAAUUGGAUGAGAAGACAGCGCACAGUUGCUUGGACCUUUUCAAAAAAGAGACAGGAGUUAAAUACCGUACAAUCGGCAUCGACCUAAGUAAAGUUCCAAAAAACCCUGAGCGCUUCAGAGAGUGGGCUGUGGUCUUGGCUGAUGUCACUCUUUCAACUGGAAAACAUUACUGGGAGGUAACAGUGAAACGGUCUCGGGAGUUCCGAAUUGGGGUGGCAGAGGCAAACAUGUCACGAGAAGAAUGUAUUGGUGCCAGUGAUUGUUCCUGGGUUUAUGCCUAUCUCCAGAGGAAGUGGUACUCCAUGUCUUCCAAUGAGAUGGUGCCAAUUGGCUUCUUUGGAAAGCUGGAUCGAGUUGGCUUUCUCCUGGACUGUGAAGGCAACAAGUUUAGUUUAAUAGAUGUUGAGAAAGUGGCAGUUAUUAGCACCAUAACGGCCGAGUUCAAGAUGCCACUAGUUCCAGCCUUUGCACUAUGGGAUGGAGAACUCUUAACACAUUCAGGCAUGGACAUUCUGCAAGGCAUCUGAAUUCCCUCCUGCCUGCCAGUGAAGAUGCCUUCUAUCUGGAUGUCAUUCAGUUUGCCAUGUAAUUUCUAAGGAAAGUGGCUACCAUAGCUCAUCUUUCCACAUACACACAGGCUUUGAAAAUAAACUAUCCUUUUGACCUCUCAACAUUCUAUCUGAAGACUGUGUCCAUGUUCUGUCCAGCUGUAAAUAGUGCUAUUAUUGAGAUCCAUGUAAUCUCCUGAGGAUAUACAUGUAACCUCUUUUAUAAUGCAGAAGAGAAUUUUACAAUGCGAGGACUUAAAUCUGUUGCUGCUCAUUCUGCUUCUGGCUUUGUUCAACUCUUUCCACAUCGGAUAAUUACAUCACCACCUCUCAAAAUGCCAAGAUGUAACUUAAUUAAGCUCUAGAGUUGGUAUUAAAAAGCCAAGACUAACAAUGUAAAUGAUCAACAAUGUUGCAUGAAUUUGUAAUUGUGUAUUCUGUCUGUAUUCUAAGAUUUUAAUAAAAUAUGCAUGUCAAA